CAUAGCGGCGAGUGACUUCCUGUGGGAUGCUUCGAACUUCCGUUAAUCCGUUUACCAACUGUCAAGUUACGUUAGUGUAAUGGCGAAUCGCGGAGGCUCUGGGAAAUUUUGUGCUGCUAAAGGCUGUCACAACAGCUAUAGGAAGCUCAAAAAUUUUCUUGAUCAGGAGUGUUAUGAUCACAAGCCAACAAUAAGAGCAGAAUGUAAAUGCCCAAGACCAUUUAAAUUGCACAAGAUGCCAUCCGACGACGACGGUAAAAGACAUUGGCUCGCAGCACUUAAUUUGAAAUGCCCGCCUCGUAACGUCCAUGUAUGCUCAUUGACAGACAGACAACCAACGACAGAAAAUCCAUAUCCUGAACUUUGGCUUGGAUAUGAUCGUCCAUUAAGUAAGAAGAGAAGACGACGAACGUGGCCGGACGAAGGAGCUGGUGUUAACCCAGAGCAGCAUGGAAUGGAUGAAAUGAAACCUGUAGAAGAGAGUCUUGCAUCUGUCCCCAGUCCCAAGCAAACAGAUGUUGAUGACAGCAGCUGUACAUCAAAAACCUUUACCUCUGUUGGAACACAGUGGGAAGACCACAUCUUCGAGGAGCAUUGUUAUAUUAAGAGACAACACAGUAUAACUUAUGUAAACCAGUCAACGCAGUGCGAUACAUUCAAGCCUCUAACUCUGAUGAAUGACUAUGACUCAAAUCUCUACACUGGGCUCCCUCUCCACACAUUUCAUACCCUUGUAGCUGUUCUGCGUCCCCAUGAGAAUCUGGCUUACCAGACUGAAAUUGAACAGCAAAUCUUGCUCACACUAAUGAAGCUGAAAUUAAACCUGUUGAUAGAAGAUCUUGCCAUUCGAUUCUGUAUAUCAGUGAGUCAAGUGAGCAGGAUAAUUUCUUUUUGGAUUGACACCAUGGCUGCAGUCUUGAAGGAACUGAUACCAUGGCUCCCCAAAGAAACAAUCAGGGCCACAACACCAGAGGCAUACAAGCAACAUUACCCUAAUGUUACCUGUAUCUUAGACUGCAGUGAAAGUGAAGUCCAAAGACCAGGGAACCUAGACUCAAGGUCUGAAUCAUACAGCCACUACUAUGCUUGCAACACCAUCAAGUAUUUAGUGGCUAUUGCACCAUGUGGUCUAGUAAUGUUUAUAUCUGCAGCAUAUGGGGGACGCUGUAGUGACAAAUUCAUCACGUGUGAUUCUGGCAUUCUCGAAUACCCCCAUCCAGGAGAUGAAGUGAUGGUGGACAGGGGUUUUUUGAUUAGAGACUUGUUGUUUGAAAGAAAAGUCAAUAUGAUAAUUCCUCACUUUGCCAACAAAAUGCAGCUAACAGAAGAAAAAGUCACAUGUAGCCGCAGGAUUGCAAAUGUAAGGAUACAUGUUGAACGUGCAAUUAGGAGACUGAAAGUAUACAAGGUGUUAUCACAAACCUUGCCUAUCACCCUUAUGCCAAAGAUAGAUAAAAUUCUGCGUAUAUGUGCAGCUUUAGUGAAUUUGCGUGGUGAUCUGAUCCGUGAAGCAGAUAAAUAAGUUAUUUUAAAAUGAAAUGUUGUCUUCAUUAACUCUCCCUCAUGAUUUAUUUUGGAGAAUGUUGGUUACCAGACAGUUGAUAGUAAUCAGACUUCCAUAGUCUUUUUUUUCCACUAUGAAGUCAAUGGUUACCAUCAACUGUCCGGUUACCAACAUUCUCCAAAAUAAAUCAAUGUUCAUCAGAAGAAAAAAAAAACUAUACAAGUUUGGACUGACAUGACGGUGAGAAAAUAAUGACAAGAUUUUCAUUUCUGGAUUAACUUUUCAUCUGAUGCUCACACUGCUGCAUUAGUCAUGUACAUAUAUGUAUAAAUGUGUUUAAUAACAAUACUUGACAUUGGAACUUCUCAAAAAUCCAUCUCAGUGUGUAUUCUGUUUCCUUGUGCUAUGUACAUAUAUACACUUUAAUCUAAUAAAAAUAAAUUACACACAAGACUUUCCAAGUGUAAACCCUGUAAACAAGAAAAUAUCAAAUACAUAAAAAAAAAUUGAAACUUGCCUUGACACAAUAAAAAUAAUUUCUCCUCCAUGUCAGCAUCUGUACAGUUUUUAAAACGGUUAAUCUUUGUUCACCAGUAGGUUAAGCCUUUUUGACUAUAUGUAAGUAUUUGUCAUUCAGUUUGAGUCGUCCAGCAGUGAAUUCAUCCACUACUCUAGGAAGCAUCACUGAGAAGUAAAAGCCUCUUAGUCGAGUAACCUGGUCUGUUAAAUACUCUGCAUCGUAUGGUACAUUUAUCAGAAUGUGUUCCUUUGGAGACCAGACAAACAGUUUUGCCAUUCUCAGCCCUGUACAAAACAUGCCUAAUUGUAUUUGCCUGUAGAAGCCCCUGACUCCGUUCUUCUGUAAUUCAGGCUUGCCAUCAACCAAUUUGAUGUCACUAUUAUUUAUGGUGAAAUGGUCUGCUAGAGAGGUGGUGUUGUUCUUGGGAACGGGACACUUUAUUUCCAGUAGUUCCAUACCAUUUAUUAUGCCAUCAGGGCUUGCAGACAGCCAUGGUUCUGCCAGGCUGACCCUGAUACCUGAGUGGGAGACCUGUAGACCUUUUUCUACCAGAAAGCUACAAGCUAUUGCCUCUUUCUCAUUUCCAUACUUUGUAGCCGC